UCUUCGUAGGAAAUCACUGAGAAAUCUUUUUUUUUAUCAGACAUACAGCUGCCUGAUGGGCUCCACAGUAUCUGCUCAUCGCGUUUCUGCUCGCUGUUAAAAUCCGAAACUUGUGCAAAACCCCGCAAAAGAAAUCCGAUCGCUUUGCUCAGUUCAGAGUUUUACGUGCGUCUUGUUUUUUCCACCAGCAACUUCAGAAACUGCCUGAAUUUUUGAGCCACUUUUCAUGCGCUAAUCACUGCAUUUGGACGCGUGAGUCCGCGGAGCGUGGAAGGGACUUUGUUGCAGGACUUCUGUCUGAAAUCUGCCGCUGCUGAUCGGCCAUUUCGGACGUCGGAAAGGGGGCAAGGACUUCUUCAUUUGCUGCUGCGAUCACAGACAGAGAACCAGCCGUGUGAACGCUUGGAUGAACCAUGAGGCUGCUGCAGGUCACAUCGGACUGCCUGCGAACCGGAAUGGAUUAGUGUCACUUUGAUUUUCCUGCAGGGUUUGUAGACUUUUCGAGGUUUUUCGAUGUCAAAGAUGACCAGAUAGCUCACUUGCUGAGCGUUUUUGAUUAAAUGCAAUAGAAGAAGAAGAGAAUAAAGGGCCUUUUUGUGUCACCUUCAUCAUCAUCACUCCACAAGUGUUUUGCGACCAUCCGGGCUCCACAGGCGGCAGAUCAGAAAGAUGGCAUCUCCACAGCCCUGGACACAGAUCAUCAUCACAUCAGCCUCUUUAUUCUCCCUGAUCCUGAGCAGCACCGUGGCUGAUGUCCCCGAGGAAGAAGGCUUCAGUGCUGAGUCGUGGCUUCGGAAGUUCGGCUACCUGUCUCAGGCGAGCAGUCAGAUGUCCACCAUGCAGUCGGCUCAGAUUCUGUCCAAAGCCAUCAGCGACAUGCAGCGAUUCUAUGGGCUAGAGGUGACUGGAGAGAUGGACGCUGCUACUGUCACUGCCAUGCGUCGGCCUCGCUGUGGCCUCCCUGACAGAAAUGCAGAUGAGCUGGUUGAUGGAGCGAGGAAAAAACGCUAUGCUCUCACCGGACAGCAGUGGGACAAAGACCACAUCACUUACAGUAUAAUGAACCAACACAUCCCCUCCUCGCUGGGAGAGGAGCGGACGUACGACGCCAUCCGCAAGGCCUUCGACGUGUGGAAACGGGCCACGCCGCUCACCUUUGAGGAGCUACCUGCUGAAAACAGCAUCAACGGCAGCCAGGCAGAGCUCGCCGACAUCCUGCUGCUGUUCGCUUCUGGUUUCCAUGGGGACAUGUCAUUGUUUGAUGGCGAGGGAGGGUCGCUGGCCCACGCCUACUAUCCUGGACCAGGAAUAGGCGGGGAUACGCACUUUGAUGCAGAUGAGCCUUGGACACUUGAUAACGAAAACCCAGAAGGUAUCGACCUCUUCCUCGUUGCUGUCCAUGAGCUAGGUCACGCUCUGGGUCUGGAACAUUCAGAUAACCCCAGCGCCACAAUGGCUCCUUUCUACCAGUGGACUCACACGAAAAACUUCACACUGCAUGAAGACGACAUCAAAGGAAUACAAUACAUAUAUGGUCCUCCUCUCUCCACCGAUCCUCCACCCACGUCUCCUCCCGAACCCAACGAUGACUCCCCCACCUCUCCCUUUCUUCCUGAGGAUGAAUCCACCUCCUCUUGUCCCACCGACCCCCCACCUGAAUCGCCCAGCCCGGAUCCUCCAGGUCAACCUGGGCCGGGCCCCAGCCCUACCUCUCCUCCCACUCCCUCCACCUCCACUCCCACCAACUCCCAGCCCGAGCCGGAACCCGUCACCCCUACGGUCAGAAAAGACGUCCCCGCUCCUCCGCCUCCUCCCAGGCCUCCAGCUGCCCCUCGGCCUCCCAAGCUGCCGGGCAGCCAGCCCCCCAACAUCUGUGACGGGGACUUUGACACGGUGACCAUGCUGAGGGGGGAGAUGUUUGUUUUCAAGGGUCGCUGGUUCUGGCGGGUGCGGAGGAACCGUGUCCUGGAUAACUACCCCAUGCCGAUUUCCGUCUUUUGGAUCGGUCUCCCCAGUGACAUUGACGCAGCCUAUGAACGCCACGAUGGCAAAUUUGUCUUUUUCAAAGAUGAUAGAUACUGGGUGUUCAGGGAGGCCGAUGUGCUGCCAGGGUAUCCACAGCCCUUAUAUCAGUACGGACAAGGAGUUCCUGCACACAAGAUCGACACAGCUAUCUGGUGGGAGCCCAAUGGAUACACGUACUUCUUUUCAGGAGACAGGUACUGGAGAUACAAUGAGGAGACGCGCACUACAGACCGCGACUUCCCCAAACCAAUCAGCAGAUGGGGCAAGAUUCCCGACUCCCCAAAAGGAGCCUUCCUCAGCGAUGAUGGUGCUUACACCUAUUUCUACAAAGGCACCAAUUACUGGAGGUUUGACAACCGCAAAAUAGAAGCAGACAAAGGCUAUCCUCGCUCCAUCCUGAAGGAUUUCAUGGGCUGUGUGGGAGUCCCCGACCCGAAGCCCGACUCAGACACAGAGCAAGAACCGGUGGACAAACCAGUCAAACCUUCAGACAGAGGCAAAGAUGAGCACAAAGAGCCGGACGGGGGCCAGGACAAAGACACAGAGGAAGGCAAAACCACUAAAGCCGACGGCACAGAGGAAGACGAGGACAAUGAGGUGAACGUGGUCGUGACGGUGGCCGACAACGAAUCAAAGAUCAUGACCCUGAUCAUGGUGACCGUUCCUCUGGUGCUCAUCCUGUGCAUCCUGGUCCUAAUCUACGCCAUCCUCAGGACUCUGCAGAACAAAGAGACGCCGAGGGCCUUGGUGCACUGCAAGCGCUCGCUGCAGGACUGGGUGUGAUGCACAGAAUUAGAGGCAAUAGAACGGGUAUUCAUCAUUUGUCUGGCGCAGUCACUGCCGUCAAAUUUUUCACUCAUGGCGCAGGUGGGGAAAGAGACUUUGACACAGUGCUAGAGUUUCAGAAAGCUGAUGAUGAGUUACCUCAAUGUUUAGGGCCCCCGUUAUUCAUUGUGAGAACUUUUAUUGCUCGUGAAAUGAUAAAAAAUCUGCGCCUAUGGAGCAACAGUUUCCCUCAUUCUGGCCUUGAAUUCAGCUCCAGCGGGAGUUUUUAUCUCUGUGCCUUCCAAAUGUCUCAAAAAGUACCUCUGUUUGUGGAAAAAAACAUGCUUAUUUCCAUUUCAACUUUAAAAAAACGCUGAUUCAUUCACCUUGGGUGUACGUGACACACUUCUGUUUCCAGUUCUAAUUGGACAGAAGAGGGACAUUCCAGUGAUUUAUUUGUAGAAAAUGCAGACGACGUCAAUCGAGCACAUACAUGAUACAGAAGCACACAUACUGUACAUAUGCAAAAACACGAGUGUUUACCACUAUUAAAACAAAUACAUGUGUGAAUAGGAACAAACCUUCCAUGUAAAUAACUAAGGUGCUUCAACCAACCUUGACAUUUUUCGUUCUGUUCAAAACAGGUCAUUUGCACUUUGGAUUUUGUUUUUGUGACGUAACCUUUUUGUGUUGUGCUGAUGUAGCAGCGAUGCUUCUGCUUAUUAAACACACACAAGCAGGCGAAGCUCCGACCAGCGCAGGAAUGUCAGACAGCUGCGUGUCCACGACUGCCUGUCUCCCACUGAGCCCAUUAUGUCUGCCCUCUUUCUCUCUCACACGUUCCACCGUCACAUGAUCUCAAAAAAAAAUCCCCGAUCUGUGCUCCUUUGUGCAUGCAAGCCCACAUAUGCAGACACACACAUAGAGACCACUUACCCAUACAAAGGCACAUAGAGGUUUUGCACACAGACACACAGGCUCCAGCCUCCCCUCCUCCCACCACAGCCAUGGUAACAGUUCAGACUGUACCACUAAAAACACAAUCCCGGCCGAGGCAUAUUGAUAUAUGACUGGUGCCCGGGGCUGGGAUUCAUUCACUUCUUUUUCUUUUUUCUUUUUUUUUUUUUUUUUUUUUUU